CCUUUAGCCAAAAAUUCGCUUGCGGCGCCUUGAUUUGCACUAUACGUUUGCCUGUCCUAUCUUCCCAGGCACCGAAUGCACCGUAGGACAAGGAAAAGAUGACAUUUGCCGUUACUCUGUGACUAGUAAGACACAUAUUUGUUGUUCGGGUUGUUAGGCUUAUUUCUGCCAUAGUUACCUUCGCAAAAGGCUUACCUGUUAACACAUCUUGGAAUUUCUUGCGGUCCACUUCAAGAGCCAUGCGUGGGCUAUGCGCAAAAACUAUUAUGACUGCAUCUUGCUCACUAUACUGUUGACUGGUGGUUCGUUAUGGCGUCCUCGUCGCCUCCUCCACUUCCGGAGUCCUCGCCGCCCCCUCCUGGCGAGAGUUCGGCACAACUUUGGUAUGUGGGGGCCAUCAUCAACGUGGUUGGGAGUAUUUCCAUCAACCUGGGCAUGAACAUGAUGAAGCUAGGGCACACGAAGCGGGAUGAGCUGGACGUCCCAGAGGAGGAGAAGCCGCCCAUCCGCAAGUUCAGGUCCUGGCUGUUUGGGAUCAUUAUCUUCGCGACGGGCAACGUGCUGAACUUCGUAUCCUUUGCCUUCGCGGCGCAGUCGCUGCUGUCGGCGCUGGGCAGUUUGCAGCUGGUGUGCAACGUCGUGUUCGCCUACUUCGUCAACCACGAACCCAUCACCAAGCUCAUCAUCUUGUCCACGCUGUGCAUCAUCGGCGGCUGCGUGCUGCUGGUGGUGUUCGGUAACCAGAGCUCCGAAACCUACACCGUGGCGAUGCUCAUGCACUUCUACACCCAGCCUGCCUACGUGAUCUACCUGGUAAUGAUGGGCGUGUUCGUCUUCGGCUUCUACAUCGUGUACCUGCACUGCAAGAAGGUCUCACGCAAGCACGGUGCGGCGGCGGGCUGGACGGUGAUGCUGAUGGUGUCGUACGCCAUCUUCUCGGCGCUGCUGGGCUCGCAGAGUGUGCUGUUCGGCAAGAGCAUCUCGGUGGUCGUGAGGUCGAUCAUAAGCGGGCCGGGCAGCGUGCGCAUUACGCAGUUGAAGAGCUGGUACACGUACGUGGCGCCCCUCAUCUUCAUCUUUGUUGCGCUCUUUUGGGUGACGCGCCUGAACAAGGGUCUGCGCAUGUUCCCCGCCAUGCUGGUGGUGCCGCUGAUGCAGAUCGCCUGGACGCUGUUCUCCAUCGUGUCGGGCAUGCUGUACUUCCAGGAGUACACGGGCUUCACCACGCUCAAGGCCAUCAUGUUCCCUGUGGGAGUGCUGGUGGUCUUCUUCGGUGUGUUCCUGCUGACGGUGGGCCACCGGGGCGGCGCCGCGGAGGAGCUGGAGGGGGAGCUGGAGGAGAAGCCGUGCGGGGGGCUGGCGGUGCACGACAACGCAGCCUUCAGCAACGUCUCGGAGGCGGGGGACUCGGUGCCUUCCGAGAUGCACCCGCAGCACCCCAAGAUGUCGCUGGGCCAGACGCUGCGGCUGACAAGCACCUGGGCGCCCGCCAGUGUGGCCGUGUCGCCUGGCUCCGCCAUGGGGCGCACGCUGAUGACCGGCGAGUCCAUCCGGCGCAGCAGGCGCGUCGUGGAGGGCCCCGCCGACCUGAACGCCUCCGCGCUCACGCACCGCUCCUAUCGCACCGACGAGGGCGAGCACGCCGCCACCGCCAGCACCCCCGAUCGCAACAGCACCCUCAACAAGACCACCCACAGCAACGCCUCACGCGCCUCCGAGACGCCCUCCAUGAUGGGCACCAUGCGCAAGGGCCUGCGGUCGCUGCGGCUGCUCGCCAGCGACCUGAUGGACCCCAGGACCGGCCUCAAGCUCACCGUGGGGCUGGGAGACAGCGGGCUGGCGGCGGUGGGGCUGGGGGUCAUGCCCGUGCUGCCCACGAACGCCAAGCAACGGCCUAGUCGCUCGGGAGGCGCGCUGGAGCUGGCGAGCUCGCUGCCCCGGUCCAAGUUCCACACCUACAGGGCGGACGCGGACACGCUUGCUCCCAUCCGAGAAGCAAGCGGACUGCCCCCCACCAAGCCGCCCAGCAUGGAGUUGGCUGCCUCCCUGACCGCAAGCAGCCAGCUGCACCCCAGCUCGCAUGGCGGCGCGCGCACUCCGGGGCCUGGCGGCAGCCCACCUCUUGGCGGGAGACAGCCUACCUCAAGCCGCCAUGCAUCGCCGUUCCGGCCGGCUCGGCGCCCCUCAGGGGGGGAUGAGUUCGCGGCCCUACGCGACAUGCUGCCCGCUCCCUCAUACCGGCCGUCGCAGGACCAUGUUGACAUCGGGCAUCAGGAUGCCAGGCCGCAAGCGCCGCCCCAAUCCUCCGGCGCUCCGGGUAAAGGGCCGAGCUUCCGACGUGCGCCCCAGUCCGGCAUUCCGGAGGGCCGGUUACCGCUGCCCGGCUUUGGACCGGGGCCUGGGCCAGGCUCUUCGCCCUCACCAGGCGGGGAGACGACGACGUCUCGUGCCUACGAGUCUGACUCGCCUUCCUCCCCACGGCGGUAUGCGGCGGGUUACGGAGGCCCGCCGGACGCUGCAGCCGCGGUGGUGUGGCCCCCAGCGCCCAGUGGGCGGCAGCCCGGCAAGCCCGGCAGCUUCGCGACGCUGCCUGAGGGCGUGCCGCUGAGCACCGCCAACAGCAUCGUGAUGCACGAGAGCCGCCCCAGCACCCCGCCGGAGGUGAUGCUGGGCGGUGGGGGGCCCGGCGAGGUGCAGGGUGGGCCCCGCAUGGCGCCUUCUUGGCUGCAGCAGGCGGCGAGCAGCCCCUACCGGCAACCGUACGGGCAGUACCAGCAGCAGCCGCAGUACCAAUCCCAACAGCAGUCGCAGUACCAGUACCAGCAGCAACAAUCGCAGUACCAGCAGCAGCAGCUGUCGCAGUACCAGCAGCAGCAGUAUCAGUACCAGCAGCCGCAGUAUCAGUAUGUAGCGCCGGCACCGUUGGGAGGGCUGCGAUCCAGUGUCCCGCACAUGACAGGAGCCCGCCUGCCGAGACCGCACCUGCUCAUACCAGGCAUGCCGGUGAUGAGUCCGCCGGCAGCGCAACCGGCUGUUGCAGGGACACUUCUGCCGUACUUGCAACAAAGUGUGUCGUACGCGCAGCUGCUAUCGGGACAACUGGUAGCGGACGGGGGAGGGCUGAUGGGCCCCAUGCAGCCCCAUGCCAGCGUCGGAUCACAUGGAGGCUUCAUGCCUGCUGGUGCUCCGCCCGCCGCUGUGCUGCUGCAAUCACGACAACACUCACCGCGUGGCCUGAGUGUUUCUAGGUCUUGGGCGGGAGUAGGUGGUGCGACUGGGGGUUUGGGGGCGUCCCACCAGUCGCCGCUGCGCGGGAGCUACUUGGGGCCGCAAGCACGUGCGUUGCGGCCCUGGCAGUACUGAGGCGCGGCAGCAGGGGUGAAGUGGAGGCCGCCGCGACCCGUGCGUUGUGUACUUUUGUUUCUAGGAUGUAUACGCCGUGCCAAGCAGCACGGAUAUCCGCGCUCGAUGGAGCGUAGUCGUGAACAAGAAGCAGUUUGCAUGCACGCAUUCGGCAUUUAUAGAAGUAACGGCACUGAAUAGUACUGUGAUCAAGCACGGAUGCUUGCAAGCGGGAGCUUCUUGCAGCGAGCUCGCGUGAUGUGCGUUUGCCAUAUUUACCGUUGGCUAUCUGUACUGCAAGCAACACGUUUCGGAUGAGACAUCGUGACAAUGUGACCGUUGUUAAUUAGGAAGCGGCUUAGGCCGCUGUGCUCUUGUACUUUUUCGGGAACAAGAAGGCCCAAGGCUGCCUCCCCACUCCUAUGUUUGCAUGGACUGGGUUUUUCCGGCAUAACGAUAGGCCACAGCAUAUGUUGUAAUAGGCAGCGACUUGGCUGCAUGCACGUGAUCGGGCAACUGGUGAUGUUUAAAGCAGGUCCAGUUGCGGUCUGCACGCAUGUACAGUAUGGUCAGUGGGAGCCAGAGAGGGGUCAAGGACGCUGUCAAGGAAGCGGAGUCAGUUUGGGACAGGUCCCUUCGCAGGCCGCGCUAGGAUGUUAGUGAGUUUGCGCGCCGGUGGCACAAGCUGCACAUGUGCUAUGAUGCUGGCUUUGUACCGCCAAGGAUCUUUCCUACAUCUUCCAUUCGGUAAUGCGUCCGUUUCACUGUUCGGGAUGUCUCAAGGCAUUCCUUGUUCUGUGUUGAUCUUAGUUGACCCAGGGCAGCGACCCAGGGGGGCGACAGGGAUCGCCCUCUCACCUGCUACCACUGUACAUGUUGACUCGCCGGA